CUGUAGUCUAAGCUGGCCAAUUUAUGAUCUUCCUGCCUCCACAGGCUGGGAUUCCAGAAGUGCACCAUCACACUGGGGUUUGCAAUACUGGAGCCUGAACCCAGGGCCUCAGGGCCUUCUGCUUGCUAGGGAUUUAUAUGAAAAUACAAAUCCAACAUGCAAACGACAAUACAAGACCUCUCGUGUCAUCAUCGUGACUUCCCAACCUCUUGGGUGCUCUGGGUGACCUAGGCCUGAUGGCUCCUUGACUUUCUCUUCCAAAAGUCUCUGUGAGCUGUGAAGGUUCCUGCUCAGGUCUGUUUCCGUGUCUCAGUCUCUCCCUCUCUGUGUAGACAGGGUCUCGUGUAUUCCUGGCAGCUCUGGAACUCGUUAUAUACACGAGGCCCGCCUUACAGCCUCUGCCUCCAGAGUGCUGAGAUUAAAGGUGUGCGCCACCGAGCUCUGUGCGCUGUGUGUGUGUGUAACCGAAGGUGACCUUGCAUAGUAUUCUCAUCUUCCUGCCUCCGCUUCUGAGUGUUGGGAUUACAGGCGUGCAUUACCACCCGUGACUUAGGCACUCCUGGGUAUGUGACCCAGAGUCUUGAGCAUGCUAGGCUAGCACUCUACUGACUGAGUUACAUCUUCUACUUCAGAUUUCAUUAUUCUGGUUUCUGGAUACAGGCUCUUGGUGUGUAUCUCAGGCUUCCUAGUCACAGUGAUCCUCUUUCCUAGGCUCCAGGAAAGCUGCAGUCCCUGUAGCCCUGGAAUCCUGAGAAACCACGCCCCCUGAACGUGUCAGUGUGGAAAUGAGGGGAAACUACCGAAAGGGCACAGAUAUGCCCUAAGGAGCAAAGCAACACACCAACAUCGUAACAGGAAAAUAACCAGAACAACCCAUGCAAUCAUCUGGUAGUGAUGUAGUGGCAUGGGGAGCUAGGCACGCGGAGGACUAAGGUCUCGCAAGUCCCCCAAGUAGGAGGGGCCCCUGUGAGCACCGCCUCAACGUCAGUGGUGAGGGCAGAGGCUCAAACUGUUGGUAGCCGUGUGGGCGGGGCCUCGGGCUGCGCCUCCUUGCCGGCACCUGGUGGGCGGGGCCUCGUGCAGCACCUCCUCCUCGCUGUCGCCCGAGCGGGUGGCUUGCGUUGGCCGCGAUAUGGCUGCACUGGUGGAGCCGCUGGGACUGGAGCGGGACGUGUCCCGGGCUGUGGAGCUGCUGGAGCGGCUGCAACGCAGCGGAGAGCUGCCCCCGCAGAAGCUGCAGGCCCUGCAGCGGGUCCUGCAGAGCCGUUUCUGUUCUGCCAUCCGCGAGGUGUACGAGCAGCUCUAUGACACGCUGGAUAUCACUGGCAGCGCUGAGGUGCGGGCUCACGCCACAGCCAAGGCCACAGUGGCUGCCUUCACAGCCAGUGAGGGCCAUGCACAUCCCAGGGUUGUGGAACUACCGAAGACUGAUGAGGGUUUGGGCUUCAAUAUCAUGGGCGGCAAAGAGCAGAACUCACCCAUCUACAUUUCUCGAGUCAUCCCUGGAGGCGUGGCUGAUCGCCAUGGUGGCCUCAAGAGGGGAGACCAGCUGCUGUCCGUGAAUGGUGUGAGUGUGGAGGGCGAACACCAUGAAAAAGCUGUGGAACUCCUGAAGGCCGCCCAGGGCUCAGUGAAACUGGUGGUGCGAUACACCCCGCGGGUGCUGGAGGAGAUGGAGGCCCGCUUUGAGAAGAUGCGAUCUGCCCGGCGGCGCCAGCAGCACCACAGCUACACGUCUUUGGAGUCCCGAGGCUGAAAUCACAGAGCAGGACCCUCCACCUCCCCUGUACAGUAUUAUUUAUUGUCACUGGCACCUUAUUUAAAGAUCUUUAACCCUCA